AUGUCCUUCGUUUGGGGAAAAGCAACGCACGCGUCUCUCUCCACUGACGAGAAAGAGGCGUCGAAGAUGUUCGAGCGCUUCGACGACGAGGAGGAGGAGGAAGAAAAUGAUGUAAAAAAACAACGAUUUCGUCGCAGCAAACGGUGUUGGUUUUUAUGUGUCGAUGUCGUGGUUUCUUCUCUGAUCGUUUUCGCGGCCGUUCUGGUUAUCAGAAACGACGUUCAUCAGGUCGUUGUUUCGAACAACGCUUUGAAUGAGAAUACGAAUACUAAAGUCGAUGUUCAUCAAAGUCAUCAUAAAUACGCGUUCACACCGACGAACGGUAAAAUCGCGUACUCCUGGGUCGCGAAAGGACACGAGUUACCGUCCGAGACGACUUUCACGGGUUCGAAGAGCAGUAAAAGGAGUUUUGAAAGUGAAUCUGAAUUCAAAUACAUGCACAUGGCGAUGCCGACUGAGUUACCGGACGGAUCCAUCGCGGUUGCGUUUCAAGCGUCACCGACGGAAUACGAAGGGUCCAUCCGGCAAGCUCUCUAUUGGGCGAUAUCGAGAGAUAAUGGCGUGACGUUUUCGAGACCGGAAAUGAUCGCGAAGGACGAUCAGCUCCCGGUUUGGACGCCGGUUCUGAAAGUGAGCGGACAGAGAGUGUUUUUGUUAUACACGGUGAGUUCGAGGAAGUGUCGGUAUUACGACCAGUCGAGAAACGCGUUAAGACACUCACCGGGCGGGGACGUCGUGUAUAAAGUGAGCGACGAUAACGGGAAGACGUGGUCGAGUGGACAGGUUAUUUUAUCCUACGGAAGCGAAGACGGGAUGCCGAAAGUUAUAGCGAAUACGUUGGUGGAGUUGGAAGACGGGUCGUGGGUGUUGCCUUUUUGGAGAGAGCCCGGGAAGACGUGUCCACAGAUGAAGAGCGAGGUGAAAGAUGCGAGUCUGUUGAGGAAAGGUAGCGCGGGAGUUAUACGAUCUAUGGAUCAAGGGUUGACGUGGGAAGUGUUUGGGAAUUUAACAGCUACGAAAGGCGAGUCGUGGUUGAUUGAAAAUACCGUCGUCGAGAGAAAGAGUGAAAGAAGGAAGACGACGAAGAAGAAAGAGAACAACAACAACAAAGGAGGAAGGACGAACAACGUGUUGGUGCAACAUUUUCGAACCAAAUCGGGCGUCGCGUUCGUCAGUCUUUCGAGAGACAACGGCAAAACCUGGACCGAAGCUUCCGAGACGACGUUGCCGAAUCCAAACUCGAAAAUGCACACCAUUCGCAUCGACGAUGGCGAUACUUACGACGCCUACGACAACGUCGACGAAAAAACUUUGUCUUCUUCCUCUUCCCCUUCAAAAUCAUUCUUCGUCGCAGCGUACAACCACCACCCGCGCACCCGAGACCCGCUCGUCCUCGCCGUCAGCAAAUCCACCGACGGCGUCGACUCUUGGAAACCGUUCGCGAAAAUCGAACCCGGCGGUAUGCGAGAAAUAAUCAAACCAGAGUUGGACAAAUCCUUGUUAAAGCCAGGCGCGAUGCAAUACGCCUACCCGACCAUCCACUGGACCAAGGACGGGAAAUACUUACUCGUCGCGUAUUCCGUCAUGUACGGCGCGAGAGGUCAGCUGACGUGCUUCGGCAUUCGAGUCGCGCGGAUGGAAAUGAAAGACGUUCCCAGACCUUGA